UCUAAGAGCAGUGGCAGGUCAAGACCGAGGCACAGCAAAACUGACAUAAGCUGUUUCAUUUGUGGCAAGGAAGGGCACUGGAAAAGAGAAUGCCCUGAAAGGAAGAAACAUACAGAAUCGACUAAUAUUGCAACUGAGCCUUUGCAGCCUUUGGUGUUAACAGUGAACACUCAAGACUCUGGUAAGGAAUGGGUUAUGGACUCUGGUUGUACGCUCCACAGUACACCAGACAAAGAAGUCUUGUUUGACUUCAAGGAGUUCAGUGGAGGUAGAGUGCUACUGGCUGACAAAACUCAUGGAGAAAUCAAAGGAAGUGGGAAAAUAAAAAUUCAGAAUCAAGAUGGUUCUGUAGUGAUACUCAAGGAUGUAAAAUACAUUCCGGAUGUGAGUAGGAAUCUGAUUUCUUAUGGGAUGUUAGAAAAAUCAGGCUGCAGGUAUAAGGGAAGUGAUUUCAUGGUUCACUUCUACAAGGAUAAUAAAAAGGUGAUAUCUGGGAAAUAUCACGAUGGGCUUUAUUAUCUUCAAGGCACAGUUGUCAAGGGUGAAGUAAAUGUGUCACAGGCUGCAAUCAGUGGAAAAGAUAUUGCUAAGGCUGAAGAUGGAGUGAGAAAGAAGAAGUCAAAGAAGGUGACUUUCAGCGUGAAUUUGAUUCAAGGACCUACUCCAUAUGGUUUUGAGAGAAGAGAAUCAUCAGCUACAGGUGGAGAUUCAUCCUCAACGGAAAAAUCAGAAAGUUCAGAUGAGGCUAAAUCUGAGAAGAGUAAAGAAAUUUCUGAUGACCAGCCACGGUUGAGAGAUCACAGUCUAGACCGGAUGCACUGUGAUAAUAAAAUGAAGGAUGAAAGGGUUUUGGAGGAUAAACCAGAAAGUGUCAAUGGAGAAGCAGAGCUGUCAGAAAUCAGUUUGGUUCAGGAGAGCUUAAGCGAUAAAGUUGAAAUGAAAGAAUUGAGAGAAGCUUCAAGGUCCAAUGUAAUGGACGUUAGUAGAGAUGGAGCUAAAGGAGGUCUAGCUCUCUCACAAGAAAGUCAGGAAACGGAAGUUAAGGCUUUCGGGAUUUCUGAAGCUAAAACACAGUUCAUCAAAGGUUUGGUAUCUAAAGGAGAGGUGGUCUUGAACAAGAUACUAACUACUAUUCAUCCAACAGAUUUUAAGACUCAAGCAGUACCUGGAAAGGAUUUUCAAGUCUGCUAUGAUCUCCUUAACAUCGCUUGAAAGGCGACACAGCUCCAAGUAACUCCACU